UUCAAAGCCUUGGGGGCCAAGCUAAGCCAAAACCAGUAUCAAUUCAUUUAUAUACAGUCAUUGUUCCGUAACCACUCUUACUUCAUUUCUUCCUCACUUGUUGCUCUGCCUUUUUUUUUCUCUCCUCUCUCCUGUUUAGGGUUUUACCGAUUUGUUUCUCAGUCGAACACUCUGUAAGUCAUCAUGGGUAAGGAGAAGAUUCACAUUAGCUUGGUGGUGAUUGGCCAUGUCGACUCUGGGAAGUCGACCACUACCGGUCAUUUGAUCUAUAAGCUUGGUGGUAUUGACAAGCGUGUGAUUGAGAGAUUUGAGAAAGAAGCUGCUGAGAUGAACAAGAGGUCGUUCAAGUAUGCGUGGGUGCUUGACAAACUAAAAGCAGAGCGUGAGCGUGGUAUUACCAUUGAUAUUGCCUUGUGGAAGUUCGAGACUAACAAGUACUAUUGCACAGUCAUUGAUGCACCCGGACAUCGUGACUUUAUCAAGAACAUGAUUACUGGUACUUCUCAGGCUGAUUGUGCUAUCCUCAUUAUUGACUCCACCACUGGAGGUUUUGAGGCUGGUAUCUCCAAGGAUGGUCAGACCCGUGAGCAUGCCCUUCUUGCCUUCACUCUUGGUGUGAGGCAAAUGAUUUGUUGCUGUAACAAGAUGGAUGCCACCACACCCAAGUACUCCAAGGCUAGGUACGAUGAAAUCGUCAAGGAAGUCUCUUCGUACCUCAAGAAGGUUGGUUACAACCCAGAUAAAAUUCCAUUCGUUCCAAUUUCUGGGUUCGAGGGUGACAACAUGAUUGAGAGGUCCACCAACCUUGACUGGUACAAGGGACCAACCCUUCUUGAGGCCCUUGACUUGAUCAACGAGCCAAAGAGACCCUCAGACAAGCCCCUCCGCCUCCCCCUCCAGGAUGUCUACAAAAUUGGGGGCAUUGGAACCGUGCCUGUUGGUCGUAUUGAGACUGGUGUCCUGAAGCCUGGUAUGGUUGUUACUUUUGGUCCUACUGGACUGACCACUGAAGUUAAGUCAGUGGAGAUGCAUCAUGAAUCUCUUCCAGAGGCUCUCCCUGGUGACAAUGUGGGUUUCAACGUGAAGAACGUUGCUGUCAAGGACCUCAAGCGUGGUUUUGUGGCUUCCGAUUCCAAGAACGACCCUGCUAAAGAGGCAGCUAACUUUACUGCCCAGGUCAUCAUCAUGAACCACCCUGGACAGAUUGGAAAUGGUUAUGCCCCAGUGUUGGACUGCCACACCUCUCACAUUGCUGUGAAGUUUUCUGAGCUUUUAACCAAGAUUGACAGGCGAUCUGGUAAGGAGCUCGAGAAGGAGCCUAAGUUCCUGAAGAAUGGUGAUGCUGGUAUGGUGAAGAUGCUUCCCACCAAGCCCAUGGUGGUGGAGACUUUCGCAGAGUACUCACCACUUGGUCGUUUUGCGGUGAGGGACAUGAGGCAGACUGUUGCUGUGGGUGUUAUCAAGAGUGUCGAGAAGAAGGAUCCAACUGGCGCCAAGGUCACCAAGGCUGCCCUGAAGAAGAAAUGAACCGCAUAUGCGGAGCAUUUGAUGAAUAAUUGCUAUGAAGACAUGGUUGUCUCUGUUAUUAGUGCCUAUGUUUUAUGCUUGCCUUUUUCUUUUUUGUGUUGUAGACUAGUUUCUUCACGACGUUCUAACACCUAUUCACAGGAUUGGGUACUUGAUCGUCGGUGGUGAGGCUAUGAUCUGCAAUGCCAGUCUUGUUUGUGUGUGUUUUUAUAUGUUAAGGAAAAAUCUAUAUUCCAUUAA